UCUCGGAGUCCUUCAGCUUAGCAGUGCCAGGCAGCCUCCCAGGAUGAAUCCCCUUCGCCGCCACAUACAAGCGGCUGCCGUGAUGGCGAUGGCGUGUCUGGUGGUCGCUGGCGGCGGCGGCUACGGUGCGCGCGGAGGCCGAAAGAUCGACGGCUCCUCCGGGGGCUUCGGAGUCGGUCUUGGCAGCGGGCACGGAGCGCACGGAGGGCACGGGGCGCACGUGCACGGAGCGCACGGAGGGCAUGGAGCGCACGGAGGGCACGAGGAGCACGGGCACGGAACACAGGGAGGCGGCAGCGUGGUCCGAGCCGUGCUCGUUGGCAAAGGAAUUCUCCCCAACAGCGCAAUCAAAAGGGGCCACGGCGGAGGCCAUGGCCAAGCCACCGCCUACAGCGCCGGUCCAGCACCUGGCCCCUUUGGCCCCGGACCUGCUGGAAGGGACGACUUUGGCUUUGCAGAAGUCACCGGCUUGGGCCCAGUCCCAGUUGAUAAUGCCAACUUUGGCCCUGUUCAAGCGGGUGGCGCCAGCUUCGGUCCCGUACAAGCUGUUGGCGCCAGCUUUGGCCCUGGCCCAGUUGACACUGGUAGCUUUGGCCCUGUUCAAGCUGGUGGCGCCAGCUUUGGCCCUGGCCCAGUUGACACUGGUAGCUUUGGUCCUGUUCAAGCUGUUGGUGCCAGUUUUGGCCCUGGCCCAGUUGACAGUGGUAGCUUUGGCCUUGAUACUGGUAGUUUUGGCCCCGUUCAAGAUAGUGGCGCCAGCUUUGGCCCUGGCCCAGUUGACACUGUUAGUUUUGGCCCCGUUCAAGAUCGCGUCAGUUUUGGUUUUGGCCCGGUUGACACUGGUAGCUUUGGCCCUGGCCCAGUUGUCACUGGUAGCUUUGGCCCUGGCCCAGUUGACACUGUUAGCUUUGGUCCUGUUCAAACUGGUGGUGCCACUUUUGGACCUGGCCCAGUUGAGAGUGCCAGCUUUGCCCCUGGCCCAGUCGGUAGCUCUAACUUCGGCUCUGGCCGGGCUGAUACUGCUGCCUUUGGCCCGGGCUCAGCUGCCGUUGCUGGCUCCUCCGUUGCAAGCAACAACGUCGGUCUAGUUUCUUCUAGGACUGGAUCUGCUCACCCCAUAAGAGACUACAGUUAUUAGUUCAGGAAAAUAAAUGAACUAGAGAAA